AUGACACUGAUGCAAUGCCUCGCUGUGCUACUCCCAACUCCAAAGGUACAAUCAAAGUCGUCCAAUCUCCCACUGGCCGAGUUGAAGAAGCGAUUGGCUGCUCAGCAGAAACUGUUCGACAACAAGGCUUUCAUCGGCAAAUUGAGUGACAAAGGCGCCAAAAUUCAGACGAAGAUUGGCGAUCUGCGAAGUGAGAUAACACAACGCGAAGUGGAUUUGGCGGCAGCCGAUUUGGCAGGACUAACAAUGUGCGUGUAA